UUUGACUCUUUGCAUAAGAUUUGCUAGAAUUUUCUGUUAGGCAACGAGUCGGCCUUCAAGUUCAGGUCAGGCAGUGCGCAUGCGCAGAAUCGUUCUGGAUAUUUCCUCACGUGGAGCGAUUCCCCUUCAGUGUGUUAGAUCCACGCUCACGAAAAAACCGGGGUGCAGCUCCACGCCGACUAUCAGCCCUCUUACACAUCAAGAAUGGCCUUCAGAAAAUUCCUACCCUUAUUUGACCGUGUGCUGGUGGAGCGCUUCACAGCAGAGACUGUAACAAAGGGGGGCAUCAUGCUGCCAGAGAAGGCUCAAGGCAAAGUGCUACAUGCCACAGUAGUGGCAGUGGGACCUGGCUCCUACAAUCAGGAUUUCUACAACUGGCCGGAUGAAUCAUUCGAGGAGAUGGACAGCACUCUAGCUGUCCAACAGUACAUUCAGCAGAACAUUAGAUCAGAUUGUUCCAAUAUCGACAAAAUCCUGGAACCUCCGGAGGGUCAGGAUGAGGGAGUGUGGAAGUACGAGCAUCUCAGGCAGUUCUGCCUGGAGCUCAAUGGAUUAGCUGUAAAACUGCAGAGUGAGUGCCAUCCAGACACUUGCACCCAGAUGACAGCCACAGAGCAGUGGAUAUUUUUAUGUGCAGCCCACAAGACACCCAAAGAGUGCCCUGCCAUUGAUUACACCAGGCACACGCUGGACGGAGCUGCCUGUCUUCUCAAUAGCAACAAAUACUUCCCCAGCAGGGUAAGCAUCAAGGAGUCAUCGGUGGCCAAACUGGGCUCCGUCUGUCGUCGCAUCUAUAGGAUAUUCUCUCAUGCCUACUUCCAUCACCGCCAGAUAUUUGACAAGUAUGAGAAUGAAACGUUCCUGUGUCACCGGUUCACACGCUUCGUAAUGAAGUACAAUCUGAUGUCCAAGGACAACCUGAUCGUGCCCAUUCUGGAAGAGGAGGCACAGAACACCUCAUCAGCUGGGGAGAGCGAGGCCUAAGAUUCAGCUGCUGCCAUAAGGGAGACAAAUGUAAAAACACAGUUUUACACAUUACAGAGGAGACACAUUCACACACCUUCAUAUACAGGACACACACACACACAUACACAUAUAUAUAAAAAAAUAUAUAUAUAUAUACACACUACAGUGUAUUAAGGCUCCUGUCUAGUAACACUGUCCAUGUCCCUCCACCCUCAUCACCUGUGUCUGUCUCAAAGGAAGUAAGGGUAAAGAAUACCAGGAGCAGAGUUCAGCCAUGCCUGCAGGACAAGAUGAUGUUUUCUGUCCUAGUUCCACGCUGUCUAUCUGUCUUUCAGAUUCACUGUGUCUCUGCUCCCAGUGACACACUUGUCUCUGGAUACAGCCCUGCUCCCACACUACUCCUUUAGGGAAACCCUCUCCUUUAAUCUUCUUUAAGCAGCUGGAUUUGCAAAAACCUAUGUAACCAUGGUGACCUGUAUUGUUGACGAAGGCACACACUGACAGUCCGCCUCCCCUCUGUAUAUAACCCCCACUCCCCUCUCUCUUAAUUCACUAUCAUGUUUUCUGAUGGUGCUUCACUCUUUUUUGUGUCUGCUUCUGUUCUCUAUUUGCUUGUGUUGCCUACCAGCCUGUUUGGGGGUGUCCCAUGAAAUGGAUCACUAAAUUAGCCUGCUGACUUAUAACGCUAUUAAAACACAAUGUAGGUGUGUGGCUUGUGUGGUAGUGAACAAAGACAAACUUAAUCUCUAGCUUUGUAAGUGUACUAGCAGUCAGAUAUUCUUUCUCUUUGGCCUCUGAAAUGUUGUUUCAGAGUAUUUAGGAAGGCUUGUUGGCUAACUCUGAUCCUGCCUUGUGACAUGCCCCCAUUUUAAUACUGUGUCAAAUGUGACUGAUAUUCCCCUUUCCUUCAAAUAAUAGUAACUGAAACCCUGGCUGUAGGGGUAGACUAAGCUGCUGUAAGCCAGUUUUUACCCCUCUUAGCAUUUGAUGAGUAAAAGCCACAAGGAGGGAAUAUCAGCUACAUUUUAAGUAUUGGAGCACAACCUCCUUUCUUUUACCCUCUCCCUCAUUAAGUUAUUUUGUGGGAGGAGUCUUGUCAAUCCAACCCACUUUUUUUUUUUAAUGGACUAAAAAAUUUUGUUACUGUCGACAUUUUCAUGAUGUCUGUUAAUAAAAAAGACCUAUUAUUCA